GCUGCGCCCGCGCGGCAUGGCGGCCUCAGGGGUGCUUGGAGGGUGCGACAUCCUCCUCGUCUACAGCCCAGAUGCCGAAGACUGGUGUCAGUACCUGCAGGACCUUUUCCUGUCCAGUCGGCAGGUCCGCACGCAGAAGAUGCUGACUCACAGGCUGGACCCCAGGGCCUCCUUGUCCGCCAAGGACCUGAGCCUCUUCCUCAGCACCCGAUGCAUCAUGGUCCUGCUGUCUGCCGAGCUGGUGCAGCACUUCUACCAGCCGACCGCUCGGCCCCUUCUGCAGCGAGCCUUCCACCCUCCACACCGCAUGGUGCGGCUGCUUUGCGGGGUGCAGGACAGUGAGGAGUUCCUCGACUUCUUUCCGGACUGGGCCCACUGGCAGGAGCUCACGUGUGAUGAUGAGCCUGAGAUUUAUGUGGCAGCCGUCCGGAAAGCCGUUUCUGAAGAUUCCGGCUGUGACUCAGUCACCGACACCGAGACCGAGGACGACAAGGUCCUUCCCUGCCCGAAGCAGCAGAACCUGCCGCCGGAGAAGCCGUCUGGGAACCUGAUGGUGGUGCAGCCAGACCGCAUCCGCUGUGGGGCAGCAACCACGGUCUACAUAAUCGUGAGAUGUAAGCUGGACGAGAGAGUGACGGCGGAAGCAGAAUUUUCUCGCGAGGAUUCUCCGUCGAUCUGGGUGGAAGCCAAGCUGGAGAAUGAGUACACCCUUUCGGUCAAAGCGCCCAACUUUUCGUCGGGGGAUGUUUCUCUGGCGGUAUAUUCCAGGGACCUCAUGGUGUGUGAAGCCACCAUCAGCUAUUAUACUGACAUGGAAGAAAUUGGGAAUUUAUUGUCCAAUGCCGCAAACCCUGUGGAGUUCAUGUGCCAGGCCUUCAAAAUUGUGCCCUACAACACGGAGACCCUCGAUAAACUGCUCACCGAGUCCCUGAAGAACAACAUCCCAGCAAGCGGGCUGCACCUCUUUGGAAUCAGCCAAUUGGAAGAAGAGGACGCGAUGACAAAUCAGAGGGAUGAGGAGCUGCCCACCUUGUUGCAUUUUGCUGCCAAGUAUGGCUUGAAGAACCUCACCGCCUUGUUGCUCACCUGCCCGGGAGCCCUCCAGGCAUACAGUGUGGCCAACAAGCACGGGCACUACCCCAACACCAUCGCUGAGAAGCAUGGCUUCAGGGACCUGCGGCAGUUCAUCGACGAGUAUGUGGAAACGGUGGACAUGUUGAAGAGCCACAUCAAGGAGGAACUGAUGCAAGGGGAGGAGGCCGACGACGUGUACGAGACCAUGGCCCACCUCUCCACAGACCUGCUCAUGAAAUGUUCCCUGAACCCGGGUUGCGAUGAGGACCUCUAUGAGUCCAUGGCCACCUUUGCCCCCGCCGCCUCGGAAGACCUCUAUGUAGAAAUGCUACAAGCCAGUGCAUCCUCACAAAGGUCUGGAGACAGUUUCUCUUGGACCUCCAAGGACUCUAUGAUCCGACAGUUUUUAGAAGGCAGCAGUGUGGGGAUGGCCCGUUUGGAGAAGGAGCUGCCCCAGCUUGGUCGGGAUGAAGAUGUUUACCACACGGUGGAUGAGGAUGACACCUUUUCUGUGGAUGUGGCCAGCAGGCCCCCUGUUCCAGUACCCAGGCCAGAGAUGGGUCCUCCUGGUGCUCACCAGCUGCCCGACAAUGAGCCGUACAUUUCUAAAGUGUUUGCAGAAAAGAGCCAAGAGCGGCCUGAGAAUUUGUAUGUUUCCUCGGAGAGCAUCCGGAAAGAGCCACCUGUCAGACCGUGGCGGGAUCGGCCCCAGUCGAGUAUAUAUGACCCUUUUGCCGGGAUGAAAACGCCAGGCCAGCGGCAGCUCAUCACCCUCCAGGAGCAGGUGAAACUGGGCAUCGUCAACGUGGACGAAGCCGUGCUCCACUUCAAAGAGUGGCAGCUCAACCAGAAGAAGCGCUCCGAGUCCUUUCGCUUCCAGCAGGAAAACCUUAAGCGGCUAAGAGAUAGCAUCACGCGGAGACAGAGAGAGAAGCAGAAAUCAGGAAAGCAGACAGACUUGGAGAUCACCGUCCCAAUCCGGCACUCCCAGCACCUGCCUGGUAAAGUGGAGUUUGGGGUCUAUGAGAGCGGGCCCAGGAAAAGUGUUUUCCCCCCGAGGACGGAGCUGAGACGAGGGGACUGGAAAACAGACAGCACCUCCAGCACAGCGAGCAGCGCCAGUAACCGAUCCAGCACGAGGAGCCUCCUCAGUGUGAGCAGCGGGAUGGAGGGGGACAAUGAGGAUAAUGAAGUCCCCGAGGUGACCAGGAGUCGUAGUCCAGGCCCCCAGCCAGUCGGAGCACUCGCGGUGCCCCUUGAAAGGCCCCCCAGGGUGCCUCCGAGGGCGGCGUCACAGAGACCUCCAACCAGGGAGAACUUCCAUCAUCCUCCACCUCCACCAGUUCCACCCAGGGGUCGCUGAUGCCACCUCCUAAUACUCAGCUUAGCCACGACUUUGAGAUUGGUGAUUUUCAGCCCGUUAAGGAUGUCUUCCCGUGGAGUUUUAUGGACAGGACUGCUGACCUUGGCCGGGAACUGUUGCAGCCCUGCUGCUCAUUGGGACUGUCACGCUGCAGAAGAAAACCAUAGCAUGGCUUGAAGAAGUGAGAAGCUAAGGACUUUAUUCACCAGGGCCUCAUAUUAGUCUUGAUUUACCAUAAGGAUGAAGACUUUAUUGGGAUACGGUCCUCCAAUUUGGUGUGUCAGAAGCCUAAAGAGAUUGAUCAGAAGUGUACUUUACAAGUGGUUUCACUUACAUACUAAAACAAUUUUAAAAAGUA